UAAAACCAAAAUCACUUCACUUUUUUUUAAUCGAUUGAGCCCUUAGUCGUCUGUCUCCCCUGCGGCCAAUCUCCUGUCCGGCAGCCUUCUCCACUUCUGCAAUCCAUAUCGCCCGAUCGCCAACGUCCAAGCACUCCCCAAGUAGGCUAAUCCUCCACAGCUGCCUCGUUUCAGACAGGUAAGUAGCAGGUCCAGAAUAUGGGACUUCUUAGCAUCAUUCGAAAGAUUAAGCGGAAAGAAAAAGAAAUGCGCAUUCUUAUGGUUGGCUUGGACAACUCAGGUAAGACUACCAUAGUUUUGAAAAUCAAUGGAGAAGACACUAGUGUCAUCAGUCCUACACUUGGAUUCAACAUCAAAACCAUUUCAUAUCAGAAGUAUACACUAAAUAUAUGGGAUGUUGGGGGACAGAAAACCAUAAGAUCGUAUUGGAGGAACUACUUUGAACAAACUGAUGGCUUGGUGUGGGUUGUGGAUAGCUCUGAUCUUAGAAGGUUAGAUGACUGCAGAUAUGAAUUGCAUAAUCUUUUGAAAGAAGAGAGGCUAUCAGGAGCGUCAUUAUUGAUUUUUGCAAAUAAACAGGAUAUACAAGGUGCUUUUUCUCCAUACGAAAUAGCUAAAGUACUUAGACUGGAUGCUAUGGAUAAAAACCGACAUUGGAGAAUUAUGGGGUGUAGUGCGUACACUGGAGAAGGGCUUCUGGAGGGUUUUGAUUGGCUGGUGCAGGAUGUUGCCUCUCGCAUCUAUAUGCUUGACUAAGUACUAACAUGUCAAUUUCUCUGUUAGUAGUAUUUGGUUUGAUUUGCUAGUAGCUUCCAUCUAGAUAUAUGUGGCAACUUGGUUACUUAAUGGCAUUUUCUUGUGCACUCUCUCAUUCACACAUUUGACACUAAUAAUUGUGUGGAUCCAGACGGUCUCGGAUGCAUGUGGGUAUGUAUUACUUGUGCUGUACAUGUAGCACACAAGAUUUCACUUCUUUCAUUAAGAUGUUUUCAUUAAUCUUCAGCACUUUUUUAUUGUUC